AGAUCUCAACUACAACAACCUGGAAGAGUUCCCUAUUGCAAUCAGAGCCCUGAGCACCCUGAAGGAGCUGGGUUUCCACAGCAACAACAUCAAGUCCAUCCCCGAGCAGGCCUUCACUGGACACUCCACUCUUCUGACAAUAUUCUUCUACGACAACCCCAUUCAGUUUGUUGGCCAGUCGGCCUUCCAGCACCUCCCUGAGCUGCGGACACUAUCUCUGAAUGGUGCAGCAGAAAUCACAGAGUUCCCGGACCUCACUGGCACCAAGAGUCUUGAGAGCCUGACCAUCACUGGAGCUCGCAUCACAUCCCUACCUACCACUGUGUGUGACCAACUACCCAACCUGCAAGUGCUAGAUCUGUCCUACAACAUGAUCCAGGCUCUGCCCAGCUUCAGAGGAUGUGAGAAGAUUCAGAAAAUUGAUCUGCACCACAAUGAAAUUGAAGAGCUGCAUGCUGACACAUUCCAGGGACUGACUUCCCUACGGUCUCU